GUUCAUGAGGAAUUGCAAAAAAUUGGGAAUUCUUUGGUGGAGACACAAAAAAUUGGGAAAUCCUUGGAUGAGUCCCCAGACAUUGGGAGAUCUUUGGUGGAAUCCCAAAAAAUUGGGAAUUCUUUGGUGGAAUCCCAAAAAAUUGGGAAAUCCUUGGAUGAAUCUCAAAAAAUUGGGAAAUCUUUGGUAGAUUUGUCAGCAUUGACCAAGAAUCAACAGGUUCAUGAGAAUUCCCAAAAAUCCUGCUCGGAAUGUGGGAAAUCGUUCUCGAGUCCGUCGGCGUUGGCCAAGCACCAGCGGGUUCAUGAGAAUUCCCAAAAAAUUGGGAGAUCCUCGGAUGAAUCCCAAAAACUUGGAAAAUCCUUGGAUGAAUCCCCAGACAUUGGGAGAUCUUUGGUGGAAUCCCAAAAAAUUGGGAAUUCUUUGGUGGAGACACAAAAAAUUGGGAGAUCCUUGGUGGAAUCCCAAAAAAUUGGGAAUUCUUUGGUGGAAUCCCAAAAAAUUGAGAAAUCUUUGGUAGAUCCGUCAACGUUGGCCAAGCAUCGGCGGAUCCGUGAGAAUUCCCAAAAAAUUGGGAAAUCUUCGGUUGAUUCGUCGACGUUGGCCAACCAUCAACAGGCCCAUGAGGAGACCCAAAAAAUUGGGAAUUCGUUGGUGGAAUCCCAAAAAAUUGGGAAUUCUUUGGUGGAAUCCCAAGAAAUUGGGAAAUUCUUGGAUAAAUCCCAAAAAAUUGGGGAAUCUUUGGAAGAAUCCCAAAAAAUUUGCUCAAAAUGCGGGAAAACCUUCGGAGAUCCUUCAACGUUGGCCAAACAUCAACGGAUCCAUGAGAAUUCCCAAAAAAUUGGGAAAUCCUUGGAAGAAUCCCAAGAAAUUGGGAAAUUCUUGGAUAAAUCCCAAGAAAUUGGGGAAUCUUUGGAAGAAUCCCAAAAAAUUUGCUCAAAAAGUGGGAAAACCAUUGGAGACCGGAAUUCCAGGAUCGGAUCCCAGAUUCGGAAUUCCGGAGCCGAGGAGAUCGCCAUCAGUUGGCCGCGGAUCACCGCCUUCGCCGAAUCGCACCGGAGACGCGGCCUCGGCGCCG